AUGUCUGACGCCGACUUCGAGCGAGUGCGGGCAGCGCAGGCCGAGCGCAAUGCAGCGUCAGGAAAGAAAGGCCUCUCCGACUCCAGCCAGCGCACUAACACCACCAGGGGCCACUCCCUCGCCGCAAACUUCGACAAGGACCUGUAUGGCGACGACGCGACCAACAAGUUCGCCGGCUACAACACCUCCAUCGCGGCCGACGACGACGUGGACAUGGAUGGGGAGGAUGAGAAUGCAGGAAGGUUGGUCGGUCAGUAUACCGCUACAGCAGCACAGAUUGGUGAGUGGGCACAUGGCGAGACAGCCGAGGAGGAUAUUCUGCAGAGCAGGGAGAAGCAGGCGCAGAUUGCGAGCAGGGAGACAGACUACCAGAAGCAGCGGUUCAAGCGGGGAGUCAAUGGUGAUGAGAAGAGUUAUCGCGAGGUCAUGCAGCAGCGGGAGCUAGAGCGGGAGGAGGAGCGGGUGCAGAAGCUCAUUGUCGAGCAGCAGAAGGAGAAGAUUGCCAAUGGCGAGGACGAUGAUAUGGAUGAUCGGGACCAACCUCUAGCGCUCGGGGAUCGAGAGGAUUCGCCCGAGACGGAAGAGCAGACGCAGGCACGCAAAUCUCGCACGAGGAAGCGGAGAUGGGAUAGUGGUACCGAGGAUACAGAUGGUGCCGAGACGAAUGGUGCGAAUGGACAUGCUUCGAACGAAGCAGCAGCAGCAGCCAAGAAGUCGUCGCGAUGGGACUCGACUCCUGCGCCGGAGGGCGAAGCAGCAUCUGCGAAGAGGAAGAAGAAGUGGGAUCAAGUCACAACCGGCGCUCCGCCCGGCACAUCCACCUCAACAGCCGUGGACGCCACUCCAGCGAAGCCUGUAGCGGGUGUUGGCUUUGGGACCGAUGUUUCAGGACGUAAUGCACCGCUUUCUGACGAGGAGCUGGAUGAGAUGCUCCCAAGCGAAGGCUACAAGAUCCUCGAGCCUCCUCCGGGAUAUGAGCCUCUGCGAGCUCCCUCAAGACGAAUCACCCCAGCUGCAACUCCCGCUCAUACCGGAGGCUUCAUGAUGCAGGAGCCUGUCAAUCCUCGAUCGAUGGGCAAGCAGCUUCCGUCCGACAUUCCCGGUGUUGGAGACCUCCAGUUCUUCAAAGCCGAAGACAUGGCAUACUUUGGCAGGCUGGUAGACGGUGCCGACGAAAAUGAUUUGAGCAACGAGGAGUUAAAGCAACGCAAGAUCAUGCGGUUGCUGCUCAAAGUCAAGAACGGCACUCCACCGAUGAGAAAGACGGCGCUCCGCCAACUCACAGACAACGCACGCAUCUUUGGAGCCGGUCCGCUCUUCGACCAGAUCCUUCCCUUGCUGAUGGAGAAAAGCCUUGAGGAUCAAGAGCGACAUCUUUUGGUUAAAGUCAUUGAUCGUGUCCUUUACAAGCUAGACGAUCUGGUUCGUCCUUACGUCCACAAGAUUCUUGUCGUCAUCGAGCCACUGCUCAUUGAUCAAGACUACUACGCUCGCGUUGAGGGACGCGAAAUCAUCUCCAACCUCGCCAAGGCUGCCGGUCUUGCGCACAUGAUCAGUACAAUGCGGCCCGAUAUCGAUCACGUAGAUGAAUACGUGCGGAACACGACCGCUCGUGCCUUUGCGGUCGUUGCUCAGGCGCUUGGCAUCCCUACUCUACUUCCAUUCUUGAAAGCGGUCUGCAAGAGCAAGAAGUCCUGGCAAGCGCGACACACUGGUGUCAAGAUUGUGCAGCAGAUUCCAAUCCUCAUGGGUUGUGCAGUCCUCCCGCAUCUCAAAGGUCUUGUAGACUGCAUUGGCGAGAAUCUGAACGAUGAGCAGGCUAAAGUGAGGACCGUCACUGCUCUUGCUCUUGCCGCGCUUGCUGAAGCCUCCAACCCGUUUGGUAUCGAGAGCUUUGAUGACAUUCUGAACCCGCUAUGGACUGGUGCGAGAAAGCAGCGUGGCAAGGGACUGGCAGGUUUCUUGAAAGCAGUCGGCUACAUCAUCCCGCUCAUGGACGAGGAAUAUGGCAACUACUACACUGGGCAGAUCAUGGAGAUCCUGCUUCGCGAAUUCCAGAGUCCCGACGAGGAAAUGAAGAAGGUCGUGUUGAAGGUCAUCAGCCAAUGUGCAGGCGGUAACGGUGUGACUGCUCAGUACCUCAAAGACACCGUGCUCAACGAUUUCUUCAAGAGCUUCUGGGUUCGACGCAUGGCUUUGGACAAGAGGAACUACAAGCAGGUAGUCGAGACGACCGUCGACCUCGGUCAAAAAGUCGGUGUCGGCGAGAUUGUUGAGCGGAUCGUCAACAAUCUCAAGGACGAGAGUGAGGCAUAUCGCAAGAUGACUGUCGAGACGAUUGAGAAGGUCAUAUCAGCGAUGGGCGCAGCCGACAUCAACGAGCGACUUGAAGAGCGCUUAGUUGAUGGUAUUCUCCACUCCUUCCAAGAACAGAGCGUGGAGGAUGUUGUUCUACUCAAUGGAUUCGGCACCGUCGUCAAUGCGCUCGGCACGCGAUGCAAACCGUACCUUCCACAGAUUGUCAGCACUAUUCUGUGGCGUCUCAACAACAAGUCAGCUACUGUACGACAGCAGGCAGCCGAUCUCAUCACUAGAAUCGCAAUUGUGAUGAAGCAAUGCGACGAAGACGCACUUCUUGGCAAGCUUGGUUCUGUACUCUAUGAGUACCUGGGUGAAGAGUAUCCCGAGGUUUUGGGUAGUAUUCUGGGAGCUAUGAGGAGCAUUGUCACCGUCGUGGGCAUUGCAAGCAUGCAGCCGCCCAUCAAGGAUCUUCUCCCCCGCCUGACGCCUGUUCUGAGAAACAGACAUGAGAAGGUGCAAGAGAACACUAUUGAUCUCGUGGGCCGUAUUGCCGAUCGUGGACCAGAAUCCGUCAACGCCCGCGAGUGGAUGCGCAUCUGUUUCGAACUUCUGGAUAUGCUGAAGGCGCACAAGAAGGGCAUUCGUCGUGCCGCCAACAACACGUUCGGCUUCAUUGCCAAGGCUAUUGGACCUCAGGAUGUCCUCGCUACUCUGCUUAACAACCUGAGAGUGCAGGAGCGUCAGUCCAGAGUGUGCACCGCUGUCGCCAUCGGUAUCGUGGCUGAGACGUGUGCUCCUUUCACAGUCCUACCUGCUUUGAUGAACGAAUAUCGCGUUCCAGAGCUGAACGUUCAAAACGGUGUACUAAAAGCUCUGUCUUUCCUCUUCGAAUACAUUGGUGAGAUGGCGAAGGACUAUGUCUACGCUGUCACUCCGAUACUCGAGGAUGCGCUGAUCGACCGCGAUCAAGUCCAUCGCCAGACCGCAGCCAGCGUCGUCAAGCACUUGGCUCUGGGUGUGGUUGGCCUCGGAUGUGAAGACGCAAUGUUGCACCUUCUCAACCUGCUCCACCCAAACCUGUUCGAGACCAGUCCGCACGUCAUCGACCGGGUGAUCGAAGCAGUCGACGCGAUCAGACUUGCGGUUGGCACUGGAGCUGUCAUGAACUAUGUCUGGGCAGGAUUGUUUCACCCUGCUAGAAGAGUCCGCACACCCUACUGGCGGUUGUACAACGAUGCGUAUGUGCAGAGUGCAGAUGCGAUGGUCCCGUACUACCCUGCCGUCGAGGACGAUAAGAUGAAGAGGCCGGAGCUUAUGGUUGUGAUAUGA